AUGGUAUACUGCGGCAAACCAAGCAAAGGAUGUGGUCACUGUCGGUCCAGAAAGAUUCGCUGUGACCAGGGCCGGCCGGCUUGCGAUCAAUGCAUUCGAACGAAGAGAGAAUGUCCAGGAUACCGCGACCAGCUGGAUCUUAUAUUCCGAGACGUGACUAAAGCCACAGCGCGUAAAGCAGGAACCUCGAGUUCUGCUUCGUCGGCUUCGUAUGCAUCGUCCCACAUUAUAGGACCCUCUCGCAACGCUUACCCUGAACGGCAUGUCCGGUCCCCCUCGACAACAGGGUCCACUGGAUCAAACGCGGAGACAAGCUUUGAUUUCAACUCAGAUCCCGAUCACCAAUACAUGAUGCGCCAAAUAAGGCCAAGUGCAGUGACCACAAUCCCUACAGAGGGCCUUUCUAAGGAGCAGGCUAUCUGCUUCUUUCUCCAAUCGCAUGACAUUCCCGGAAGUGCCUUCAUGACGGACACUUUGACAAACUUCCUGAUGGAGUCUGGUGGAUCUCUAGGUCAGCGCGCUGUACAAUCUAGUAUAUAUGCCGUCGCUGGUGCGAUGCUUUCGCGGGUUCGCAACGUGCCCUCCCUAAAGCAGGCGGCGCGUCUGGAAUAUGGCUCUACCCUCAAGCUAGUCAAUGCAGCACUAGCCGAUCCCGUUCAGUCUAGGACAAAUCAGGCAUUACUUGCGGUCGUAUUUAUGUCUUUGUAUGAGAUAGUCAGCUGUCUCCAGCGAGACUUGAGAGUACCCGACUCCUUAAUGAAUUGUUCGAAACUCGACCUAUUCCCGGAGAUAAGGGAUGCGCUCGGAAACAAAUUGAUCAUCAUCAUUGGAAAUCUUUCCAAUCUUCGAGCCGAUGUCCAAGCGAAAAUUCUCGACGACCCGCAGCAAAUCCUGGCUGCCGCUAGUGCCAUCGAAGCCGACCUCAUGGCCUGGCUAGCUGCUUUACCACCAGAUUUCACAUAUAGCAGUCACACAGUGAUGCCAACGGACCAUAGCUUCGAACAAAUAUGUGGUGGAAUUCGACCUCUCAACAACCAGUAUCACAGUUACCCAGACCUAUGGUCCCCAAAUCUCUGGAACCAUUAUCGAUGUGCACGAAUUAUCGUCAGCGAGCUAAUAUUAGCGAACGUCCAUAAAGUCUCUAACAAUUCACCUCAUGGUUCUUUAUCCGGAGACUUCCGUUUACACUGCAAAUCCCUGCGCUCCACAAUACGUCGACUUGGUGCGGAUAUUUGCCGCAGCGUACCUUUCCACCUAGGUGCUUGCAACGCAGGAAUUCUUCCUGGGAGGCCUAUCCUGCCUUCCGAAACUUAUAUCGGUGGGCUCAUGUUGCUCUGGCCUUUAUUCGUUGCUGGUAUGGUUGAGGGACCCAAUCACCCACAGCGUCGGUGGGUGAGGCAAUGCCUGGGCAUGAUCGGUCACUCGAUGGGUAUGGAUCAGGCACUCGCACUUAUGGAUAUUCUUACCGUGGAUCCGGGAAUGUUCCAUUCGGUCGAGAAGUUUGGCGAGGAUGCCGAUGAAGAAACUAGCUCUCCGGGAGUGAUGUCUGUUUCGGUCUUCCAUGUUCCGUACUAUGAGCUUGGCAAUCUGAAGGAGUAUCAGGAGAUACGUGCAUCUUCAGCAUGA